AUGGCUCUGGAAUCAGAAGGUCCAUCGAUGGCAGUUUCCGGUGAAAGACAGCCGGUACCCAGAGAGGACGCCGUUAUGCUGGCUAAGUACCUCGCCAGCAGAGACUCGACCGUCACGGAGACAUUGGCCGUCGUGGCUAGCGGCAGCGGCAGCGGUUCUGCCGCAGCGUCCUCGGCGUCGACAGACCGCCUGCGGGAGAAGACCCAGCAAGUCGACGCACUGCUGCAGCAGCUCAAGCAGGCUGGUGGUGGUAAUGGUGGAAACAGUACCCGGCUAUAG